AUGGCCAAUACAAUAAAAAUCAUGUCCUGGAACGCAAAUGGAUUGCUCAACCACCAACAAGAGCUGCAAGCAACCCUAGACAUAAAUAAAAUUGAUGUGUGUCUUAUUUCAGAGACACACUUCACUAAGCAAUCCUUUAUCAAAUUCAGAGGAUAUAAAGUCUAUCAAACAAUCCACCCCGGAAAUGCUGCCAGAGGUGGAAGGGCGAUAAUAGUUAAAGAUAAUAUCUACCACAAUGAAGAAGUUAAAAUUGAAGCGGAAGACAUCCAGGCGACGGUGCUGAAUAUUAAGGCCAAAAAAUACAAUAUAGUUGUGGUUAGCCUGUAUAGUCCAUCGAAGCAUAACAUCAAAGCUGAAAGGUAUUUUGAACUCUUCAAAAACAUAGGAAACAGAUUUAUCAUUGGCGGAGACUUCAAUGCAAAACAUACGCAUUGGGGAUCAAGGCUAAUAACUACUAAAGGCAGAGAAUUAUUAAAAGCAAUAAAUAAAUAUAAGUGUGAAGUUAUAUCAACGGGCAAACCCACAUACUGGCCUACAGAUGCAGACAAAAUUUCAGGUCUGAUAGAUUUCUAUAUCAGCAAAAAUAUAUCUAGUAACUAUAUGAAAAUAGAAGACAACCUGGAGCUUAGUUUGGACCACUCACCAAUUAUUCUAACAUUAAGUGAAAGCAUCAUUCAGAAACCGCGCAACCCUGUGAUGGUGAACAAGAAAACAGGCUGGGAGGGUUUCAGGAUGACAAUAGAAGAAAGGAUUCAGCUAACAGUGCCGCUACAAACAGAAGAGCAACUGGACUUCGAGGUGGAAAAAUUUGUCAAUGAUAUUCAGCAAUCAGCAUGGGAAAACACCCCUGAAAUCAAAAGAAAGCUUAAGGGUAACAAUUAUCCUAAGGAAAUUUUAAAAUUGAUCUCAGAAAAAAGAAAAGCGAGAAAAAAGUGGCAUCAGACCAGGGCACCGCAAGAUAAAGCUAGGCUGAAUAAACUCACUUCACAAAUAAAAGAAGAAAUCAAGCAGUUAAAGAACGACACCAUAAGUGAAUUUUUAAGGGGACUAACCAAUGAUUCUAGUACAGAAUACUCACUCUGGAAAGCUACCAAAAACUCAAAAGAUCAUGCAAACGCCUCCUAUCAAGAACAUGCACAGUAG